UCCUGCAGGGCGAGGAUCGCGCGGCCUCGGGCAGGAGGGGGUUACUGGCCCGCCGGGAGGCCGGCCCGGCUCGGGGGCUGGGCGGGUGAAUCAGCAUCCGCUGCCAGGCGCGCCGAUUGCGCGGGCCCCACCCGGCCGCCUCCCUGAGCCGCGCCGGGUCGGCGGAGGCACGUGCGCCCGGGGGCCGCGGAUCGGCGCAGGGGGAACCCGGGCGGUGAGGCUCGCCCCGCAUGGAGCCCGCCGGGAGCCGCCUGCGGGGCAAGCCCUUCCACGGGCGCGAGUGGGCGCUGGGCCGGCUGGCGCUGAGCCUGGAGGGGGGCGGCGGGGUGCUGGUCACGGGCGGCGCCGGCAGCGGCAAGACGGCUCUGUGCACCGAGGCGCUGUGGCCCACCUCCGGGCCGGGCCUGCGGGUGGCGCUGGGCGACUCUGCCCUGGCGUGGCACUUCUGCCAAGCGCACGACGCCGCCGCCACCUGCACCCCGCGCGGGUUCCUGCUGCGGCUGGUGCGGCAGCUCGAGCGCUGCCCGCUGCUGCCCGGCUACCGCGAGCGCCUUCGUCGGGGCGGCGCCCCCCGGCCGCUGGAAGCCGCCGCGUGCAAGGAUCCGGACGAGGUCUUCCGCAGAGCAGUGCUGCUGCCCCUGCUGGACCUGCCACCCCCCCAAAAGCCUCUGCUGAUCGUGGUGGAUGCCUUGGAUGCAGGAAAGAGAGAUCGCCAGGAGGAGGAGGAGGAAGAAAGAGGCCCCAUUCCAGGGCCCAGCAAGUCCAUUGCCCGACUCCUGGGGAGCCACCUGCGGCUGCUGCCCCCCUGGCUGCUCCUGGUCUGCAGUGCCCGCUCCCAGAGCCAGGGGGUCCUGCGCCUCUUCCCUGGAUUCCGACAACUGUGCCUCGAUGACCUUCAGAGGGAACCCAUCAUCUGCGAUGUGCAACACUACAUCCUCGCCCGGCUGGACCGGGAGGAGGCGCUCCGGCGGCGCUUCAGCCAGGAUACGACCGCAGCCCUGACCCAGCUGCACCUGAAGAGCAACGGCUGCCUGCUGUACUUGGAACAGGUAUUAGACAGAGUGGCGGAAGAGUUGGUCACUCCGCAAGAGGUCCGUCACAUCCCAGGGACGCUCUCUGGACUGUACCUGUGGCUCUGCCAGCGCCUCUUCCCACACAAACGGUUUGCCCUGAUCCGCCCUCUGCUGGAGGCCUUGCUGGCAGCCCCUCGCCUGCUGACGCCUCGUGAGCUUCACGCUGCCCUCUGGACGUGCCGUCCACUGUCCUGGGAGAGCUUUCAGGUCCAUCUGGCAACCUUGGCAGGGCUCCUUCAAGAGGGCCCUGGGGGCACCUGCAUGUUCUUCCACGUCAGCUUUGCCGAGUGGCUUUGUGACAUCAAGCUUUGUACGUGGAAGUACCACUGCUGCCCGGCCCGAGGGCAUGCCCUGCUUGCCGUGAGUGCCUCCUGCCGGGCACUGGAAUUAAGCCCGGAGGAGGUGAUCGAACUGGCCCAGCACUUGCUGGCUGCCAAGCUGUGCCUUGAGGCCUGGCAGCUGGCGAUGUGGCUAGUGUGGUGCCGGGUGCCUGUGGAGUGCUGCUUGGGGCCAGAGCUGCUGGUGCCCUUGGAGCCAGCGGUGCUGGAGCUGCUGGUGCUGGCGGGCGCUCGCCUGGGGGAGCGAGGGCAGGCCCCAUCCCUGCACCAAGCCUUGGAACGGGAGGAUUCUGUGCGAUUGCUACUAGAAAACGGCACCAGUGUUAACCAGCGGGACGUGGACGGGCGCACUUGGCUUGCUAGUGCCGCCCACAGCGGCAACCAUGAAGUGGUGGAGCUGCUCUUGACACAUGGUGCACAGCCAGAGACCCCAGAUCACCUUGGACAGACCCCCAUGAACUUGGCUGCUCGCCAAGGACACACAAAGGCCCUGCUUUGCCUGCUGGCCCACGGCACAAAGGUCGAUUGUGCGGAUCACAAAGGUUGGACAGCUCUACGUGCGGCUGCCUGGGGCGGUCACAGCGAAGCCAUUGGUGUUCUGCUGCAAGCUGGGGCCACUGUGGAUUGCGCUGAUACCGAGGGGAGAACAGCACUGAGGGCUGCUGCCUGGGGUGGCCAUGAGGACAUUGUGGCCACUCUGUUGGAGCACGGAGCAGAUGUCAACCGGGCUGAUUCUGAGGGGCGGACGCCACUCAUUGCUGCUGCCUACAUGGGUCACGGAGUGAUUGUGGCUCUGCUGCUGAACCAUGGGGCUCGUGUUGACCACGCCGACAUGGAUGGGCGGACUGCCCUCUCGGUGGCCGCUUUGUGCAUUCCAGUGAGCCGUGGCUGUGCCAAGGUCGUAGAGCUUCUCUUAGAUCAUGGUGCUUCUCCGGGACAUGCCGACUGGGACAACGUGACUCCCUUGCUGGUAGCUGCCUAUGAAGGCCACGUGGAUGUCGUGGAGCUCUUGCUGGAAGCAGGGGCCGAAGUGGACCAGGCCGAUUCCAGAGGCUGCACUCCACUCUUGGCUGCUUCCUCCAUGGGCCAUCGGGCAGUGGUAGAGACUUUGCUACUUUGGGGGGCAGCCAUAGAUGUCCUAGACAGUGAAGGCCGGACUGCUCUGGGUGUUGCAGCUGGACAGGGCAGCGAAGCCGUUGUCCAGGCUCUGCUAAAGCGGGGCUUGGAUGAAAACCACCAAGAUGGGCUGGGCUGGACCCCAUUGCACUUGGCGGCCUGGCAGGGCCAUCACAGGAUAUGUGCAGCUCUUUUGGAGGCUGGAGCCCACGUAGGCAAGCCGAACCAGGACGGCCGCGUCCCACUGAUGGUGGCAGCCCAGGAAGGACACACGGAUGCUGUGCAGCUCCUGCUCGAGUACUACUCCCCCAUCGACCACCAGGGCUACGAUGGGCUCUCGGCCUUGUCUCUGGCUAUGCUGGCCGGACACCACAGCACUGCCGAGCUGCUUCUGCGCAAGGGGGCAGAGGUGAACUUGUCUGACUCCGAGGGUCGUCCCAUGCUGUACCUUCUGAUGCUGGAGGGCUGUGUGGAGAUGGCCGAAUUGUUACUGGAACACGGGGCCAGGCUGGAGGGGCGGGAUGCCCAGGGCCGCACAGCAUUGCACGUCACCUGCUGGCAGGGGCAGGGGGAGGCCACCCAGCUGCUGCUGAACUACGGGGCAGACGUGGAUGCCCUCGACAAGGAAUGCCGCUCGGCCUUGCAUCUGGCUGCCUGGCAGGGCCACGGGAGCAUUGCACACUUGUUGCUAGGGAGGGGGGCACAGCCCAACCAUAGUUGCAGCCAAGGGGCCACUGCUCUGGGGGUGGCCACGCAGGAAGGGUGGGCUGAUGUGGUGGAGGUUUUGCUGGAGCACGGGGCCAGCCCCGAUGUCCAGGACAAGUCAGGCCGCACCCCCAGGUGGCUGGCAGCCAAGCGGGGCCACCAGGCCGUGCUAAAGCUGAUGGAAGGUUAUGGGGCCUGGCCGGGACCAGACUCCCCCCAGCUAGGCUCUUCCAGCAGCUCGGCCAGCAGCCCCGUCCCCCAAGGCAUGCGAGGCGAGUCUCCUGCGGCCUGGCUGGGUUCCACUGGUGAGUCGCAGGCCUCCCCUGGCUCUUCAGCCACAACGUCCACUUUUCACUCCCAUGCUGCCCUCCAAAUAAUUCCCCUGGACCCACUCUCUGGGGCACAGCAGAUGCAGCGAUACUCCCCACCCCAUCGGCCCCGGCCAGGGCCUUUGGCGCUACCGCCCUCUCCAGCUCUGGACAAGUAUAGCAAAGACUCCAGGGGGGCCCAGAUCUCCAUUGACACGCUGGCCCCCCACCUGCACCGUAAGGCAGCCAUCAAGCUGCAGUUUGAGGGCCCGACUUGCGGCUAUCACUAUAAGCAGGAAACUCCCCUUUGAUGUGGGGAAGGGGGCGAGUCUCCACAGGCACCAGUGCCAGGCCGGUGUGGCUGGUCAGUGAGAGGUGCGGUCCUCGGCGCAGUGCUUUGGCACUCCUGGCUAGGAAUGCUGAGGAGGGUCCUCUUUAGGACCUCCGGUGCCCACCCCAAGACCCAUCCAGCUUUGGAAAGGGGGGUCCAUCCAAGAAGGGGGGGCAGAAGUGCCACAGUGGUGUCAGGCAUCACAUGCUCUGUGCUAUGUGGGGAUUGUGUUCCUCUCAGCAGCUGAGAGCCUCUCCCAGGAAAGGGGGCUGGUGACCCUCAGCUGUGCCAGUAAAAGGCAACCAGGGUCUGUCUGGCUUUCUGCACCUAGGCCGAGCAUAAAGCUAGCACACCGUACAGUGCCUGCAUGCACACAACCUGCUAUGCACAAAAGAACCAUCCUUGUGGGUUAAGAUGAUGGCCUUGUUCACACAAUGUGCAGGAUCACACACAUCACCCAGGCCUUUUACACGACUAAUCUGUGGUCUCGUGUGAGUUCAAUUGCUGACUCUGGCCUGGUGGCCGAGGCCGGAAGGGAGCAUCUGGGUGCUUUUGAAUGUCUGCUGUGCCAUGUGUGGGGGGGUGCUCAGCUCCAGAAGGGAGGGGUCUUACCCCACAACCUCAACCUCUGGCUCUUUGAGGGCAGCCCUCCGGCAGUGGAGGCAGCCGUCUGCCAGGGAUGCUGCAAUGAAGGGCUCCUGCCCUGGGCUCUCUGACCACCAUGAGGCCCUUAAGCAUGAUUACUUGGGGGGGGGGUGAUCCAAAAAGAGGGGGGGUGAGGCUCCUUCCUCUGGUGCUCUCUGCCCAAGCAAUCUCGAGAUGUGGGGAAGCGGCUCCCACCAGAUCUCAGUCAGCCAUUUGCGUGGAAACUCUGGGGUGCCCCAAGAGGAAGAAACUGCUGGCUGCCUGAUCCUGCCCAGGUCCAUCUGCUCAGGCCCAGUUCUGUAGGAGCAGCAGAGAACCAGGAUAUCCCCACAGCCUCUGCUGUGCUGGGGUGGUCCUGUCUGCCUGUUCCUUGGGCUGGGCACUAUUCACCCUUUGCCUCCAGGGAGGCCUCUUUCGCCUCCCAGGUGCUGCAGCCCUCCCUGCUGGCAUGGGAUCGGGCACCUGCCAGGUGGGCCUCUGUCCUUGGGCGCUCUCAGCCAACCCACCUGCAGCUCCAGAUGAGACCCUCGA